UCUCUUUUCAUUUUCUACAACUGUGCAACAUGCAGUUAAUCAGUAUUUUAUCUCUUGGUUUUGUACUUUGUGGUCUUGAAAGUGCAAAUUGUUUAAACUGUCAGCCUGGUUGGAAUCAGUUUCCGAAUAAAUGCUAUUGGUUCAGUCAUACUGCUAGGCCGUGGGGAGAGGCGGAGGCUAUAUGUGCUGGAUUUCAUUCCAAACUGGCGGAACCCAGGACUAGUGCUGAAUCAUCUUUUCUCAUCAGCCAUUUUCAAAGUCUUCAUGACUCCAGUUUCUAUUGGAUCGGAAUUUCUGACUUGAUAGAAGAAGAUCGCUGGAUCUAUUCCUCUAACAUGCAGACCAUAACUGUGAAUGACUUUUCUCCGGGUGAGCCAAAUCAGCAUACAGAUGCAAAUUGUGUUGCAUUAUGGGACAGGUAUCAUGGUAGAUGGGCCGAUGAACCGUGCGGACACGUUUUCAGAUUUGUCUGUGAGACAGAUGUUGC